GGCCGUUUUAGGGUCGCAGUCAGUAAGGCACCGGAAAUUCGCAGAGGAGGUGGCGGCGGCGGCGACGGGAAGUUUGAAGUAGUUAUGGAGGUGCUCCCGCUCCCAACUCCUGGGCUGGCCUUUUGUGACGCCCCUCGUAUUGUGCUUCGAAGCUCCAUCUCAUGGACGACCACAUCCUCGGCCUGCUGGGUCCGGACAAUUAAGCGAUGGCCGAGUUGAAAAUCUAUUAUUCCGGCUACGAUUUCGGGGCCUGGGACACGAUAUCCACGAUAAAGCAUCUAUUCUGGGGGGUCUUGGUCUUCGAGGUCGAAUCGGCGGACCUGCUAGAAAGCAUUCAAGAUGGCGACUCGCGACUGUCGUUUAACCUGCCCAACUGCGGGCACACGGCGGCGGAAUUCCUAAGCGGCACGCAAGGCAACUGCGCGGAGCUCUGCUCCGACCCGAGCACAUCGAUGUUGCCGUGGAAUAUGCGGACUUGCUACUCCCUGGGAGUAGCUGCGAUGCUAGUUGAGAACGGGACUCUGGCAAUCGACUACUCGGCCGAAUAUAGUGGCCAGGAAGAGCUUCAAUACGGAAAUCUGUCGGAGUGGGAUGGCGCAAAGGUCAUCUCGGAUUUUGCCACCUGCAUAUCGUCAUCUUGCACCACGGCGAAUAUUUCACACUGCGAUGAGAAAACCUUGGCUUUGGAGACUAUGGACAUCACCACCGAGAACCUAGGCCUUAUCCAGGAUGGGAUGUUCGAAUUUUGUUCGUACGGGGUCGAAAUCAACGCCGAUAUUGCCGGGCCAGGAGUCAUGAUCUCGUACCUCCUACAAAUCUGCGCAGUCAUCUUCCUCUGGGUCCUGUUCAACCUCCUCACAAAGUGGGCCUGGAUAGUCGUGUCGCCGAUAUGGGUGCAGCUCAAGCAAGGAGAAGUGGAACGUGCUCGACUGGACCCGUUCCUCACGGAUGGGCCGACGGAGAAGAGAUCCGACCGCAUUAAAGAUGCCUGGGAGCGCGCCUCGGACAUGCAGAAGCGCCUGUCCCAGUGGCGACUCUACCAGGCGACCUCCGCGAUCCUCAGAGACUUCCAGGACGUCCAGAUAUUCUUUAUCGGGGCCAUCCAGAUCGCCACCCUGUCAACCUUCCGGCCCAAGGCAUCGGCCUCCUCGGAUGCCAACUCCGUCAACAGCUUCGGGGCAGCCAUUAUGGACAGCGAGCUCGUGCAGAUGCUGGCGGUCAACAGCAUGAUCCCACUGCUGCUGAUGCAGAGCAUGAUCCAGCGCGGCGACAGGUACAAGCUGCGGGAGACCGCCCAUACCAAACACAGGCGGUUGUCCCUCACCUGGUACACCUUCAUCCUCGUCUGGAUCACCUUCGUCCUCGCCAUCGUCGUGCACGCGCGGAGGGACAGGCUGAUUGCCAACUACGACAUCCUCCUCGCCACGUUCCAGACGGAAAAGGCCGUGGAGGCAUGUGGGUGGAACCCCAACCCCAUGGUGUACUGCAACAUCGACAACGGCCUCGACACCCAGUUCAACGCCGGCAUCCCAGUCAUCCCCGUCGCGGUGUCGCUCCUGACCAUCGACUUCGUGGUCUUCCACGUCCCGGGCUGGCGGCGGUGGGACCCCUCGCGGCGGAUGGAGGGCGCCAUGAACCCGGCCCAGGCCCAGGUCUUCAAGUGGUUCCGGAAGUGCCACUGGCGGAUCCUCACCAGGGUGAUCUGGUUCUGCCUGGAAUGUGCGCUCCUUGCGAGCUCGGCCCUGUACCUCGCCGACAUCAUCGCCGUCACGCGCGCCAUGAGCGGUGGUUCGAAUUCCUGGGGGGGCCAGAACUCGUCGGGCUCGUGGUCUUUCGGCCAGCUCAUCGCCGUCAUGGUGUGGGUGCCCACGCUGUUCAAGUUCCUUUUCUACCUGAAGUUCGGGGUGGAAGAUAACGCCACGACGCGCGAUGCGCACAGCGAUGGAGGAGAUCACGACGACCACACGUUUGUUGAAAUGGACCCACUCCAAGGAGUGCUCGCGAGUGACGUGGGAGCUGGCAAGCCCAAGCACGAGUUCUGGGCAGGUAGUCGAAACAGUCUUGUCAAUGGCAUGGGAGACUCGCGUACCGGGACUUAUGGGUUUGUUCGAAAUGUGUACCUAGGUACCUAGGUAGGGUUCAGGCCAUCAGAAAUCAGCCAUCACGCGCUCAAGCCGUUUGCUUUA